AACACAUAGGACACAUAAUUAUGUGAAUGACACAAGUUUGACACAAGUUUUGUCCCAGGUUUUCCCAACCACACGUUCCAGACCAAGAUUUUGUAUAAAAACGUCCUUGAUUGUUAGCACAAUACACACGAUGACAAUUUAUUUUUAGUGUUGGUCCCUUCAUCUUUCGGCAUUAGCAAAUGUUUUGCCCCAGGCUACUGAACAAGUCGGGUAACUCUUUUACCAGUUACUCAAACGGCUUUGAACACUACAAGAAAAAUGAAAAUAAGGACGUGACUUCCUUGUUGUGCUACUGAACGACACGAGCCUAUAAGAAUCCCCUUCACAGAAGGCUACCCUGUACUUUGAGUUGGUCUGCUCUGAAGAGCAGGUUCUUCUCACGUCAACAUCACAAAAAUGACCUCUGAUAACACGGAAUUGAAGAAAGCAUCUCAAAGAAGAGUGUACAUCAGUCUCCCGAAGAAAUACAUGGCUGGUUUGGCUGAACACUAUGAAUUAGACCAUGGACUGGUUAUAAAAGAUCUGAACCCUUAUUUAAAUGAAGGAUAUAUACGAGCUUACUUUAGAGAAUGGGGCACCGUCACAGCGUGCAAGAUUAAGAAGUGCCCCAACUCUGAGAAAAAUAAGGCAGUUGCCUAUGUGAGGUUUUGUGCAGAAGAUGAAGCAGACAGAGCAGACUGGGCUGGUCCUCACUUUAUUGGAGGCAGUGAAGUGGAAGUGAAAAGAGUUGUUAGUCCAAAGGCGGAGGAGGAUUCAGAGGAGGAGGUCGACACAGUCCCUGCUGUACCGCGACCACGGCGUUCAAUGGGUCUGGGCUACAUACUUGAAGAUGCUCAGUGGUUGGAUGACGAUGAAAGUGACUAAACAAAUACUAAAAAAUAACUUUUUCUGUUUCAAAAGAGUUUGUGUUUUGUCAAGAUAAAAAGACCAGGAAGCAUAAGAAACACAUAUUUGCUUACCUGUUUAUAGCUUUAACAUAAGUUGCUGUGAUACAUAUCCUUUUGUGCUGAUUUUAUGUUGGGUUUCAUGAUUUGAUCGAUCCCUUGAUUUGUGCAGCCACUGCUGCACAAAUCAACUCCAAUGCCUCUGCUUAAUGCGACAUGAAUGUCCUUUUUAAAAAAUCAGACAGACAAUGCAAAACGAUGUGAAAAAUAACCUAAAUGACUGCCUCACAUUAUUGAUCUUAAGCUGCUUAACU